CUUGUUUAAAUCCAAAACAUCUUCAGUCCAAUUGGAAAUUCUCUUUCUCUCUUCUGUCUACUCAUAUUUUUCUUCUGUGUUUCUUUUUAAAUUGAGUCAUACUUUUUGUCUUAUCUGAGAAUUUCUCUUCUCUCUUUUUUUUCUCUAUUCUCUCUCUCUCUUUUUCUCUCAAAAUUUCCUUAUAAUAUUUGUUUUUCUCUCUUUUUCUCCUUCUCUCCCUGAUUCUUAUAAAUCUACUCUCUGUUUCUCUCUCUCUCUCUCUCUCUCUCUCUUACGUUUUUCUUCUUGAUAUUAUUUUUCUUCUCUUGGGUUUUCCUUUUCAUCUUUCUCUCAUUCUCACUGGUCUCCAUUUUCUUUUCUCUUUCCCUUUGGUAACAAAUUCUAUUUCAAUUUCAUCUUUCAACAUGUCCAAUUUAAUUGAUUCUAGUUUACCUGAAGAAGAUUCCAAUUGGUCUGAUCAACCUGAGCAACAACAAUCGUCACCUUUGUCAAAUAUUGGUAACAUUUCUACUGGUUUUGGUGGAUCUCCUUUCGAUGAUUAUGCUGUUCGAGAUAUGGACCUAACAAAUGAACCCUUUGGAUCUGUAACCUCAACCGUACCAGUAUCUUCAUCUAUUCCCUCUUCUGGAUCACCAACACCGUUUACACCAUCAGCUCUUGAAGGAGAUCUUCUUAAUAUGAGUACCGAUGAGGUUAAAUCAUCACCUUCACCCUUACCACCUCCAUCUUUUCACCAAAGCGCUCCAACUCCUUCACCACCUCCACCACCCUCACCAAUUACCCAAACAGUAUUGUCACAAGUUGAAUCAACCUUCAAUCAACAACCAGAAUUACCAACAACAACCACAUCACCAAUUCCAUCAACCAUCCAAGCGGAGGUUAAACCAGCCGUUGAUAUUAAACCCGAAGAACCCAAACAACAACAACAACAACAACCACCACCACCUCAACCACAACAACCCAAACCUGAAGCCAAAGAAGUUAAAAAACAAGCUGAAAAGAAAGAGUCAAAAAAACCAACAAUUGAUGAUUCAUUACCUUCAUCAAGUUCCCAAUGUUGCUCCUUUUUGACAAGAUAUCCUCAUAUUACCGAUCUCCUCUAUUGGCGUGAUUUGAAAAAAAGUGGAGUAGUUUUCGUUGGUGGACUUUUACUACUCCUCUCGUUGGCAUGUUGUUCAAUUAUCUCUGUCAUCGCGAAUGGAUCGCUCUUGAUUCUUGGAUCAACCCUUGCCUAUCGAAUCUACAGCAACAUCAUGCAAGCAGUCCAAAAGACCGACGAAGGACAUCCUUUCAAGCAAUAUAUUGAAAUGGAUAUUAUCCCAUCUGAGGAAAAGGUUCAUGAGUUAGUUGACAAAACUCUUAAGCAUCUCAACGUCAUCUUAUUAAAGUUGAAAAGUAUCUUCCUCGUUGAGGAUAUUGUCGAUUCCAUCAAGUACUUUAUCGCUUUCUGGUGUUUGACGUAUGUUGGUGCCUGGUUCAAUGGAAUGACUUUGGUUACCAUGAUGUAUCUUGGCCUCUUCUCCGUUCCAAAGGUCUACGAGAUGAACAAGACAGUUAUCGAUGGUCAUCUUGGAACCAUUUGCGCCCAAAUGGAGGGUGUUUGCUCCCAAGUUAAAACAAAAUUACCAUUCCUUGCAUCCAAAAAGGACAAAGCCCAAUAGAGUAAAACUCAACAUAUUCAAAUCAAUGAUUGUAUGGAAACGUUUAUAUAAAAAGAAACACUUACACCAAACUUAACCAAAUAA